CCCAGUUGAAGGAAUGAUGGCGUCCUCGGCUGCUCGCUGCUCCUCACGCUGGAUUACAGUCAUCGUGUCCUCUGGACGCAGCCGGGCCGCCUGCGCUGUGGUCUGCCCUGGUCAUGGAGGAGUCCGUAGUGUGUCUACUCUCGGAGCCGGGAAACUCUGUCGGGGAGGCCGCCUGGAGUGCGGGGCAGCAGGGGCAGCAGGGGCAGCGUUGACAUUGAGAGGGCUGUCAGGUUUCAAAUCCCCCCAUGUUCUCUCCACACUGUCCUUUCACACAAGUGCCCCUGUCAGCGGUAAGCAGGACUUCUAUCAGAUCCUCGGGGUACCUCGCACAGCAAACCAGAAAGAGAUCAAGAAAGCCUACUACCAGAUGGCCAAAAAGUACCACCCUGACACCAACAAAGAAGACCCACAAGCCAAGGAGAAAUUUGCUCAGCUGGCUGAAGCUUAUGAGGUCCUGGGUGAUGAAGGAAAGAGGAAGCAGUAUGACACAUAUGGCUCAACGGGCUUUGAUGCUGGUCAGGCUGGUGGAGGGCAGCAGUACUGGACUGGACAGGCCAGCAACAUUGACCCAGAGGAGCUCUUCCGCAAGAUCUUUGGGGAAUUCUCAGGAGGCCGCGGCUUUGGAGACUUCAACGCCAUCUUUGAUCAGCCGCAGGAGUACAUCAUGGAGUUGACGUUCACUCAGGCGGCAAAGGGAGUCAACAAAGAGAUAGCCGUUAACAUUGAUGCAGCCUGCCAGCGCUGUGAUGGUAAGGGCCACGAGCCAGGCACCAAGGUCCAGCACUGCCACUCCUGCAACGGCUCUGGCAUGGAGACAGUAAACACAGGACCAUUUGUGAUGCGCUCCACAUGUCGUCGUUGUGGCGGCAAAGGCACAGUCAUUUCCAACCCCUGUCACUCCUGCCGUGGGACAGGACAGACCAAGCAGAGGAAGACUGUGAUGGUUCCUGUGCCUGCAGGAGUGGAGGAUGGCCAGACAGUCAGAAUGCCAGUUGGGAAGAAGGAGAUCUUCAUCACAUUUAGGGUCCAAAAAAGUCCAGUUUUCAGGAGGGACGGUGCAGACAUCCACUCAGACCUUUAUAUCUCUGUUGCACAAGCCAUCCUGGGUGGCACGGCCAGAACACAGGGCCUUUAUGAAACACUCAAUUUAGCAAUCACCGCAGGCAUCCAGACAGACCAGAGGAUCCAUCUGGCAGGAAAGGGAAUCGCUCGUGUCAGCGGCUAUGGCUAUGGUGACCACUAUGUCCAUGUGAAAAUUAAAGUACCCAAGACGCUGACUGACAGACAGAAAUCUCUACUGAUGAGCUACGCCGAGGACGAGACAGACGUGGAGGGGACAGUCAAUGGUGUCACUGCCACCACCACAGGUAAGAGGUCUUCCUGGAACUGAGAUAAUUCAUCACAUGGCAGAGGGUACAGCGUAAAGCAAGGACAGCCACAUUAUAAAGAAAAGGACAGAGGAAUGAGGAGUAUUGGGUGAUGUAUGACACCUACAAGGGUUCUGGAUGGAUCAGCACAGACCUACCUACCCACCCAGCACUGCAGUGAAUAAGCCUGUUCCUCUGCCAAAGUCAAUCCACAAACGAGAGGAUGUUCCAGCGCGCUAAAAAUGCCAGUCAAAUGUCCAUUACUGCCAUUUUAGCAACAAAGACUUGUCAUCUAUCAUAGUAGUAUGUGCAUAUUGGUUUUCUGUUGAUUACCACAAGAAAAAACAUAAUAGUAUCUCUAUUGUCCACAUGCACAGAAAUAAAUUAUUAUACUGACAAAGACUACACAUAUAGUCAGAAACUUUUAUCUGGGGUUAAACAAAUCUCCUGUUUUCAAUCCUUUUGUUCUGUGUGCUUCUAUAUGUUCAUGAACGCUUGAAGUUCUCUAAAAAGUUCUUAACGCCAGCAGUCCAAACCACUUCAACAUCACAUAACUACAUGUUUACCUUUUGAGUUUAAGUGCUGGACAGUGUAGGGGUGUGUCUGUAGGGAUGUGUCUGUAGUGGGUAGACAAGUUCAGGUGUACCUCAAGCUUUCCUGAAAUGUGACCCCCCCCCCCCCCCCGCUCUGUCCCUCCUUUGCAUUAUGAGAGAGAAUUCACCUGGAGUUCUGCACCUUCUCUACAUUUGUACAUAGACAGUUGCAUUAAUGUGUUGCAUAGAAGAGAAAUAUUGUACAUCUGUAAUAAAACUAUGGUCUGGGGAUAAGUCUAAGUGUUUAUUAGAAAUGACUAAGUAACACUUUCUUCACAAUACUGUGAUCCUGUAUAGACAUUAAAAUAUUUAUACAUAUUCUUCAGCUUCUUGCUAGUGUGUUAAAGACUGAGCACCUCUAAAUAUAACGCAGUUCACAACAUCACCACCACUAUUGUUUUAUGUUACAUUGAAUUGUACAGGUGUACCUAA